CAGAGGGAGGAGACAGAAGAGACAUUUUCCUCUUCCUCAUUCGAGUAAAGAAAGGGGUGGUCCGGUUUGUAUCAUAAAAAACAAAGACAGUGAAGGAGAAGAGAGAGACAGUGAGUUGAAGUCAUCACAUGUGAAAUGAAGCAGAUGAACACGGGACUCAUUGAGGAAGGACACAUUUGAAAAUUAAGACCACAUUUCUCCUACUAGAUCCAUCAGGGGCUUUCCUGAUAUUUGAAGGUUUUAUCGUCACGCUUCCAAGAAGGCACCUGUUGGGGCUGGAGAACUUUUUUGCACUUUUCUGUCAGACUCAAGAAGAUUUAAGGCAGAAAGACAUUGACAAGUAGCCAUGGGCUCAGUGGUGUGGGGCUGCAUCACUGACUUCUUCACCUACGAGACCACCAAGUCUGUGGUGGUCAAGAGCUGGUCUGUGGGAAUCAUCAACCGGAUCGUGCAGCUGCUCAUCAUCACAUACUUUGUUGGCUGGGUCUUCAUCCAUGAGAAAGCCUAUCAGGUGACCGACACUGGCAUCGAGUCCUCUGUAAUGACCAAAGUAAAAGGCUUUGGUUACCAUAACAACCGUGUGAUGGAUGUGGCCGACUACGUGUUCCCUCCUCAGGGUGCAGGUAUUUUCUGCAUCAUGACCAAACUCAUCAUCACUGAGGAUCAGUUCCAAGGACGAUGUGCAGAGACCGGUUCAAGGUUUUCUUGUGAGACAGAUGAAGACUGCUACAAACAUUUGGGUUCUAUCCUCUCCAACGGUGUAAUAACCGGUGCUUGCAUUAAUAAUGCAAGUGAGUCACAGGGUCGGUGUGAGAUUGAAGGAUGGUGUCCAGCUGAGAAUGACAACGUCAUCAUCAAACCGAUGCUGGAUGUGAAAAAUUUCACCAUCUUCAUCAAAAACAGCAUUCGCUUUCCGCUCUUUGACGUCACCAGAGGGAACUUUCCUUCCUCAAUGACAUCCGAACAGAUCAAGAGAUGCACCUACCAUCCAGAACACAACCCCUUCUGCCCCAUCUUCCGUGUGGGCGAUGUGCUGAAUUACACCGGACAGGAUGUAGCUGAUCUGUCAGUAAAGGGAGGAGAAAUAGGAAUAAACAUCCAGUGGAAGUGCAACCUGGACCUGAGCAUUGAGAAAUGUAUACCUCAGUACUCUUUCACGCGACUGGAUGCUCCGUUUGCCAAGAAUGCCGUUUCCAAAGGAUACAACUUCAGAUUUGCCAAAUAUUUCAAGACAGAGAACGGGACAGAAUUUCGGACUCUUCACAAAGCGUUUGCAAUCCGCUUUGAUGUGAUGGUCACCGGCCAUGCAGGAAAGUUUGACACAAUCCCAACCCUGAUCAACCUGGUCGCUGCCUUCACCUCAGUCGGACUGGGUACGGUUCUCUGUGAUAUUAUCUUGCUGAACUUCUUGAAAGGCGCAGACCAGUACAAAGCCAAGAAGUUUGAGGAGGUGUCAGAAAAGCAGAUGGAAGCGUCUGUUGCUCAGAGUCCAGGCAGCCAGCUGUCACUUAAACAUGGUAUCAAGAGCUCGUCUGACUCUGGAGCCAUUUCUCUCUCCAUCUGUGACCAAGCUAUGUGACUGAUGAUAACAACAUGAAGAAAUGGACAUUACUCUCUCUUUCUCUCUACCUUAUUGCAUUGCAAGAGAUCAUUAAGUCUUUUACAGCUGGAUCCUGUAGUCAGUUUUAACUUGGCCAGUUUAUAGAACUGGGUAAAAAAGGUCAACACUGCUGCUAUUUUUGCAAUUUCAAAACUACAAUAGGGAAUCAGUAAAAAAACAAACAAAAAAACCCCCAUUGUAGCUUACAACAAAACCUGAAGCAUUUUGGUUACAAACACUCAAGCAAAGUUCCUCUUAAAGAAGAUUGCCAGCUCUUAACUAUUUCAAUAAAAUGUAGUUACACUUUAUUAAUCUCAGAGGGAAACAUACAAUAAUAAAAAAAUAUGCAAUUUUAUUGUAAGCAAUUUCGUUUUACAAGCCAUGUCACAGCAGCUUGAAUACAAUAAUGUGUAACCUCCUGUUAAUCAGUUACAAAAUGUUAAAGCUUAAUAAACCCUCAUUUCCUUUUUAUUGCUAAAGAUUUUUGGAGUAUUUCUCUUUGUCAUGAUCACAGAAGCUAAACUUGCCUUUUCUUGACAAAUAAAAGUGCUGAAGUCUCUUAAUGGUG